AUGACAAAGAUUCUUUAUGACUAUCAGCGCGAUGGCAAGCCAGUUAUUCUUGACGUUCAAGAGUUUAUCAAGUUAAUUGAAAGUCGAGAUUCAAAACUUAAAAGCUUUUUUAAUACAAUAUUUAAAGCAAUGAACCCAGCAGGAAAAAGUCAUAAAACAAUACAGUCUUUAAAGCAAAAGGUAAUGCUUCUUUGUUACCAAAUGGCAACUUUACGAAAUAAACAUGUUAGUUCAGUCAAAAAUUCAAUAGGAAUAUUUUUGGCUGGCUCUGGGACGUCAGUUACUGGGAUUAAUUCAAUUGCUGGAAUGGGAUUAAGUUCAACAUAUCAAACUGUUUAUAACCAAAUUAAGGAUAUUUUGAACAAUCACAAUACAUCGGUCUGCAAUUAUAUUCAAGAAAAUUCAAAUAAUCUUUUUAUUUUAAAUAUCGAUGAUUAUCAUAAUUUACAUCAAUCACGAAUACCAAGCACCACUUCAAUAUCACAAGUAUCUCAUAUGGCAACAAUAUUAAUUAACUAUAUAAAAACUUCACCUGUUUCUUAUAAUUUUAAUUCCGAAUUCAAUGUGCAUAAUAUUAAUGGCGUGGACGCAGGUUUACUUAAUCAAUGGCUAAAUAAAAAAUACAUGAACAUUAUAAGUGAAAGUUAUUACCAAAGAAAAACUAAAUGGAAUUUUGUAAAAGAUUUGACCACAAUAGAUGAAGAUAAUCUAAUUGACUCUCUUGUUCUUCAUUCUUAUGAUGCUUAUUUGACGGAAAAACACUCAAAACGCUCAUUUAAUUCAACUAAAUUGAUUGAAUUCCUUCCCCAAGAUCUAAAAAAUACUAAUGAUUAUUUAAAAUCACUUGGCGAAUUUUUCAGAAUUCCUGAAAUUCAGAAAUAUCUUGAAACUUAUUUAAUACCUAUUCCUGCUGAUUUUCCCGGUCAGCUUUAUAUCAGAAGAGCAAUUGUCCAAAAGCUUAAACUCCAAGAGUGUUCUACAAUACCUAACGAAAUAACACAUCUAGUACCAUUUCUUGGACCAUUACAUGUAGCUUUAAAUACUAAAGAAAGUGUUUUUCUUACAUUUUGGGCGUUCUUUAAUGAAAUGUUUAAGGCAACCUUUCAAAGUAAAAGAAAUUUAGCUGCGAAACCAAAACCAUGGCGGAUUAAUCUAUUACUUUAUAUGGCACAUGCAGGAUGGAAAAUAGUAAGAAAUCAUGUAUUUCAACGAUUUGGACAAAAUAAAGAUCUGGGUUACUGUACCUUUGUAGACCUAUUAGAUACAUUAGUCCCAUCCACUCUUGAUAUUUAUGCAGUACUAUUUUGGGGUAAUCAUUUUGAAGAAUAUGUUGAGACUAUAUUUAGACUUUGGGCUGUAAUGUGUCGAUUUCAAAGAAAAAAUUAUAAUAAAAUAAUGCUUGCAUUUUUAUCUGAUAUUCACUAUUGGACUCAGAUUAACCAUCCUAUACUUCAAAUACUAAAAUCUCACCUUAACUACUUUGAUGAAUAUCCAGUUGAGAAUUUCCAUAGUCUUGUUCGAAGACAUACUACUGCUAAAGUUUUGAGUCCAGAAUGGUUGCGCCGUGAUGGAAUUUUUGUUGAUUACCUUCGCCAUGAUAAUAACUUUGCACAGUCCUUUGCAGAAAAGAAGUCAUAUCCAUAUUCUAAGAAAAAUAUUGAUGUUUUGGUGAAACAAACAGCUAUUUUUCUAUUAAAAUUUUUUAAUAAUUUGUGGAAUAAUCUUGGAACUGUUGAAAUUAGAUCAGAAGGCAAGAAAAUUAAAAAACCUUAUUGGUAUUUCCAGGAAUUGCAAAAGGAUUUAUUAAAGUGUAAGCAUUGUUAUAUUUAUCUAGAAAAUUCAAUUCAGGAUUUAGCUGCAUUGUAUAAUGAACGAUUAGAAAUGGAUGGCAACAUUGGUGAUGAAUUUGACUCACCACAAGACGAAACAAUUGAAGAGGAUGAUACAAAUAUACCAGAAACAAUAUCACUUGGAGAUAAGUUGGACAAAUGUCUUCAUAAAACUUUAAGAGAUUUUAUCGAGAAUAAGCCAUUGGAUAUUUUCCAACCAAUUAAUAAAAAUAAAACCUCUACGGUCAAAAAACAAAAAAAAUCACAAAAGCCUUUAAAAACUAUUACCAAUUGUUAUCAAGAACAAACAUGA